AUGGUUUCACUACUUCAAGAUCAAUCUAAUAUUAAAUUUUCUGCUUCGGACACUCUGGAAAGGGACCAACAAGAAGACUUCAUGAAGACACAGGGGGAUUCAAUAUCCCCAGUUCAGCAAACUGAUAAUCCCAGUUAUAACUGCCAAGCAUAUGAGUCGGAUGGCAGGACAGAAAGGAAAAGUUCAGAGUCUUCUCACAGCCCCAGCCCCGCUUCUCCAGCCCAGGAUCAAAUUCAUGGGAGAUACCCUACAAGCCAAGGAAUCCACUGUGGCAAGAACAAAUUUAAAGUCUCCUUCAGCGCUGAAAAAUUCAGGCGGUACAGUUAUGAGGAAAGUACUGUAGGAAAUUAUGACAGGUUUCUCAAGAGCAGCAGAAACCCCUUUCACCCCUACAAGAGGCAGAUCAGUGAAGAUGUGUUCCAGGAAGCACAUCAAGCCCUCCCACCAGAAGGUCCACCUUUCAAAAAUGCUAGAAGCAUUGACUGUUUUGAGGGUCUACCGGGAUCUACAGGCCCUGACGAGUCAGAGUCAUUUCCAACUCACAUUCCUAACAUCUCCUCCGAACAACCAUGGUGUAACAGUCUCCAGUACAGCACCCCAGGUCAAGAUCACAGUUCACAAGUCAUGCAGGAUUCAGACAUCAAGCUUAGGACAUCCCCACUGGAAGGGCAGCCGGGUUUGUAUUGCUAUCAGCCUCAAGUGCAGCAGAUGUAUUGCCCCUCACAUCCUUUCCAUCAGUAUCCCUCUGGAGGCAGCUAUCCCGUGACCUACAUUACUUCUUCACACUACCCGUACCAAAGAAUUGCUCCUCAAAGCAGUCAAGAAUCCCAGCAGCCUCUAUUUCCCAAACCCAUCUACUCCUACAGCAUCCUGAUCUUCAUGGCACUCAAGAACAGCAAGACAGGGAGUUUGCCAGUCAGUGAGAUUUACAAUUUCAUGACAGAACACUUUCCUUACUUUAAGACAGCUCCAGAUGGCUGGAAGAAUUCUGUGCGCCACAACUUAUCUUUGAACAAAUGCUUUGAGAAAGUUGAAAACAAGACAGGCAAUUCUUCUCGGAAAGGCUGUUUGUGGGCUCUGAAUCCAGCCAAAAUUGAUAAGAUGCAGGAGGAGCUUCAGAAAUGGAAGAGGAAAGACCCAGUUGCUGUAAGGAAGAGUAUGGCAAAGCCAGAAGAGCUUGACACGCUGAUAGGCGACAAAAACGAAAAGCUGAGAUCUUCUAUCAUGUCCUGCAGCCCAACCGCUGUUGCAAGCGCAUCCCUUUCCAGGCAGAUGGCAGUCCAACCCCACUCCUUAGGCGAGCCCUCUCUUUCCUCCGGUGUACCACCGCCGCUCCAUCCCAUCCACACGCCUGGAGCCCUGCACGUCAAGAACCCGGUACCCAGCCUGCUGGGAGGGCAGCAAACCGCCUGCUACGCCUCACCACCGGGCUUCCCUCCCAUGUCGAGCACUCUAAUGCAGCAGACGCCCGAGCACCAGCCGCUGUUUCCUUCUGGGGAGGCUCCCAACGAAGCCAGAAGCCAGCCCGGCAUCAGUCAGGACUCCCCGCUGCCAGCACAGACACCCCCGGCAUGUGGCAUGAAGGUGCUGGCAGAGCAGAGCGCGGCCAGGACGGUGCAUGACCCGCUCCUGCAAGAAGGGGACCUCAGCACCGACAUCGAUGCUCUCAACCCGUCCCUCACCGACUUCGACCUCCAAGGAAAUCUUUGGGAGGAGCUGAAAGAUGACAGUCUAGCCGUGGAUCCCCUAGUUCUCAUUUCAUCAUCCCCAUCGUCUUCCCAGUGUUUCCCUUCUCAUUGCCAGAUGGAGAACGGCGGCAGCAGCAACAUCAACAUGCAAAACGGAACUCCGCACAGCAACUUGCCUGACCUACAGCUGACUACCCUUUACUCUGCCUUUAUGGAGUUGGAUACAGUGUCUCCUGCCUACUUAAGUAAUUCUGGAUCCAAACCUAUAGCACUAAUGUGA